GAUAGGGGAGAAACGUUCACGGUAACACGGCUCAGGCUGCAGCCUCUAUUAUUUAGUUUUAGUGUCUUAUGUGACCGAACGGUCAUUUAGACCAUAAGACCAUUUCUUUCCAACUUCAGCUACAGUGUUAGCUAAGUUUGGAAGGGAGAAAAGAGGAGAAACACCGAAUCUUUCCUUUAUUUUUUAAUAUUUUCUGCCAACGCUUGAAUGCAGAGGGUCUGACCUCUUAAAAACAAAACAAAAAAAUCAACUCCUGUUUUUCCCCCCAAACAUCCUUAAAAUGGAAAAUACUGCACCUAAGAAGACAUGCUGCGAAUCCGUCCAGAAUUUCUUUACUUCAGCCAAAUUUCUGAUAUACAUGGGACAUGCACUGUCAACAUGGGGGGACCGGAUGUGGAACUUCGCCGUGGCCGUCUUCCUGGUGGAGCUGUACGGGAACAGCCUGCUCCUCACCGCCGUGUACGGGCUGGUGGUGGCCGGGUCCGUGCUCCUGUUGGGAGCCAACAUCGGCAACUGGGUGGACAGGAACCCCAGACUCAAAGUGGCCCAGACUUCGCUGCUGGUCCAGAACAGCUGUGUCAUCGUUUGCGGGGUCCUCCUCAUGCUGGUUUUCCACUUCAAAGAGCAGCUCUCGGAGCUCUACAACGGAUGGAUUCUGACAGUCUGCUACAUUCUGGUCAUCACCAUCGCCAACAUCGCCAACCUGGCGAGCACGGCAACCUCCAUCACCAUCCAGAGGGACUGGGUGGUGGUGGUGGCGGGUCAGGACAGCAGCAGCCUGGCAGACAUGAACGCCACGGUUCGGAUCAUCGACCAGUUGACCAACAUCCUGGCGCCCAUGUUGGUGGGCCAGAUAAUGGCCUUCGGCUCUCAUUUCAUCGGCUGCGGCUUCAUCUCCGGCUGGAACCUGUGCUCCAUGUGCGUGGAGUACGCUCUGCUGUGGAAGGUCUACCAGAAGACGCCGGCUCUGGCUGUGAAAGCUGGACAGAAGGAGCAGCAAGAGCUAAAACAGCUGAGCCCCCAGAAAGAUAUGGAGAACGGUCAGAGUCCCGAGGAGUCGUCUCAGCCUCUCAUGAAUGAAGUGGCGACGGUGAACGCCCUCAACUCGUCCAAGGAGCGCGGCUGCUGCUACCAGGUGUCCGAGCACCUGCACACCUUUAAGUCCGGCUGGGUGUCCUACUACAACCAGGACAUCUUCUUCGCCGGCAUGUCCCUGGCCUUCCUCUACAUGACCGUGCUUGGCUUCGACUGCAUCACCACCGGCUACGCCUACACGCAGGGCCUCAACGGCUCCGUCCUCAGCCUGCUGAUGGGGGCCUCCGCUGUCUCGGGCAUCUGCGGCACCGUCGCCUUCACCUGGGUCCGCAAGAAGUGCGGCCUGAUCCGUACGGGUUUCAUCGCCGGCAUGAUCCAGCUCUCAUGCCUUAUGCUGUGCGUCUCCUCCGUCUUCGCUCCCGGAAGCCCCUUCGACCUCAGCGUCUCGCCCUUCCAGGACCUUUACACCCAUCUUAUGGGGGAGCAGACCCUGCCUGAGGCGGACCACAUCCUCAUCGGGUUGAACGUCACGACGACGACUCCACCGGCCCAGGAGCUGCCCCCCCUGCAGUCCUACAUGUCCGUCAGUCUGCUGUUUGCCGGCGUCAUUGCUGCGAGAAUUGGUCUGUGGUCCUUCGACCUCACCGUGACCCAGCUCAUCCAGGAGAACGUGGUAGAGUCCGAGCGAGGCGUGAUCAACGGCGUCCAGAACUCCAUGAACUACCUCUUGGACCUGCUGCACUUCAUCAUGGUGAUCCUGGCCCCCAACCCGGAGGCCUUCGGCCUGCUGGUCAUCAUCUCCGUCUCCUUCGUGGCCAUGGGUCACAUGAUGUACUUCCGGUUUGCCUUCAAGAGUCUGGGCAGCCGCCUGUUCCUCUGUUGCUCGCUGGAGCAGAAGGUGGAGACGGACGACAGCCCCUCACUUCCGACCACCGUCUAACCCCAUUAAAGAGACUGUUCUGUUCCGGGUACGAGCCUGGCCCGGCCCGGCCCUGCAUCUUAUUCACCCAACUAACACAACAGCUCGUAGAAUCCUGGUGCUAGCCAGUGCUAGCACACUUCCAGCAUUAGCAUAGGGAGAGUAGUCCGCUUGUAGUCACAGGGAACUAACUCGUAGUGCAACUUUAAAAAAAGGCGGGGCUCUGCUCGUUAACACUCGUAGUCUCAUCGAUAACCUCUUGGCGGCUUCGUCGUGGAAAUCAGGGGGGGGGGGCUCCGACGCUGUAAUGUCUUCUCCCGUUAGCCCUGGUCGAGCUGGUUCCCGCGGGACUCUUCAGCUAACGAACAGGUCAAACAAAGAAGUCCGUCAGGGAAUCAAGACGCCGAGGUUCGAGUCGAAGACGGCGGCGCUCCGUCUGAGACUCGCCUCUCGACGCGUUGACCGGUGCUGCGUCUCCUUCGUCUGUACAUAAACGUUUGACGAGCGGCUCGUUGUAUUUAACCAAACGCAUAACUAGUCUCUUUAACGGCGAUAAGGGUUACACUUUUAACUAUUUAUUCUCAGGCGGUGGUUUUUGUGAGUUUCUCGUCAGUAUUGUGUCUUUUUGUGCCAUAUGAAACAAACGGGAGCCUCUGUCGACCACAGCGACCAAAGUCCAUCUGCGCCGCAGGGAAGAGAGGGAAACCAGUUCUCUGUACGUGGCAUGCCUGGAUGUUCGAGCAGAACCCAACCCAUUUAUUCUGGUCCAACGUGACCAAAGUGUUUUCUUUUUUUUUUUGAUUUUUGAGUUCUCUAGCGUGAUCUUUCCUUUCUCUCGUGAUUGUCGUUACUCAGGCACUUUAGGCGAUCGGUCAUUACACACAGCUAAUGUGUAAUCGGGCACCAGUUCGAUAGUCUUUGCACAUUUAUUCCCCGCCGCCAACCCGAGCCACACAUCCUCCCCUCGGUCACGUGCCGUCCGGUGAGAGGAUUGUGGUUUCAAACAGAGGCACAUAUUCAUCAGGUGGGCGAGGACAGUUUAUUCUGGACAACCCGCUUCCUCACAAGAAAAUCAGCCAGAAAUCUGAGUCAGCAACCCGUCCAGAAACAAGAAAAAUGUUGUUCAAGUCAAACCAUGUGGAUUCUUUUGGGUCUAGAGUUAAAACAGAGUGCUGAAACCACUCGUUGCUUCCGUUUUCUUCUUCCCAGCAGCCAGAUGUUCCUGGCUCUAAAGUGGUCUCCAUCCACAGGGUCCCACUUUCCGACUGUCUUCUGCUCUUUCUCCCAGUUUCCGUCCAGCUCUUGUACUGCCCUGGUGGCAUGGCGGACAGGUAAAUAAAAAUCUGAGCAAAAAGCCGAACAAGAAAAGAAGCAGGAGACGUUAAAAAAAUAAAAAAAGUUCUCAGCUGAUGAAGACCAUCUGAAAAUCUCAUCUUGGAGGAAAAAAAGACGAGCUGAUCUGUGCCUGUUUUACAAAUUUAAUCGUGUAAAACUAAUUUUUGUUGAUUCGUCUGGAGACUUUUGAAACCGUAUUGAUUUGUAAGUCAAGAGUUAAAGGCUUGACAAACAAGAAAAAUGCUUUGAAAGAUUUUAGCUUCUUGAAGCAAAGCAAAGAGACAAGGAAUGGAUCAGGACUUUUGCACUGUGCUGUUUGUACCUCACAAAAAUUUGUGGCUUUUUUUUUUUUUUGCAUUCUGUAUUUUCCUGUAGACGUUCAAGUUGAAAUAUUAGAAACGAGUAAGAGGUGAACGAUAUUUAAACCAGAUCAAGUAAAUCUUUUCUUGCCCAGUUUAAUUUUCCUUCUCGUCUGAAAUGUCUAAUUUUAUAAAUCCACUUUCUUUUUAACGCCUUAUUGACGACCUGCUGUUUAACGCGCACAAAGUCCUAAUUAAGACGUUCCUCGUGGUCGAAACGUGUUCCGACCGCACGAGGAAUUUAAUUUUCACGUCCAAACGAUUCAGGAACAUCACGCGCUCUUAUAAACUCAUUUUAACGUAGUAAAUAUAUCCUUACUUUAAUGCAGGAUUGGAAAACUUAAAUAUAUGAGUGUACUGUUAUAUUUGUCUUUUUUAAGUGGUUUUGUAUUUGUCGUGUUUGGGAUUUUGUUAAUUUGUGCAUGAAUCUGAAUACAUCUGCUUUAAUCACUCGUGUAUAAAUAUACAGUAUUGUAGUUUUAUAAGCAGGAGCUUGUAAUCACGCUGAAAUCACUCCGGUGGGAACGAGGACGUCGUACUGCUUUGUAACGUUUGACGUUUCUGAAAUAAAAAAAGACAAAAAGAGGAA